GGACUACAGACUUAAUACAGAAGAUGUAUUCACUGAUGCGCAAAACAAAAGCAAUGACAUGCCUAAUCCCCCACACACUAACACAAUUACUUCCUUCUAGUUCUAGUUUUAUCUACAGCACCAACAAUUUCAAUUCCUCUCGCUCUCUCCACAAUCUCUCUCCCAUUCCUCUUUCGGGUUUAUUCGGACAACAAUCGAAUUCUGCAAUUCUAAGAUAUUGUUGGUGUUCUGGUGAAGUGAGAAAAAUGGGGGAUAGAUUGUUUUCAUCGUUGCAGAGCAUUCAGAGUACGGACUCACUGUCGUACCUAUCACAGCGCGAAGCGGCCGAUAUCGAUGAGCUCCUCAUGGGUCCACUUGGAUUCAGCGUUGAUCAGUUAAUGGAAUUGGCAGGUUUGAGUGUUGCAACUGCAAUAGCAGAGGUGUACAAAUCAAGUGAGUAUAAUCGCGUUCUUGCCAUUUGCGGUCCAGGGAACAAUGGAGGUGAUGGUCUUGUAGCUGCUCGUCAUCUACAUCACUUUGGAUAUAAGCCAUUUGUUUGUUACCCAAAGCGUACUGCUAAGCCUCUCUAUGCUGGCCUGGUGACUCAGCUGGAAUCACUAUCAAUUCCAUUCCUGUCAGUGGAAGAUCUGCCUAUGGACUUCUCAAAUGAUUUUGACAUUCUAGUAGAUGCAAUGUUUGGAUUCUCAUUCCAUGGUGCUCCAAGGCCACCCUUUGAUGAUUUGAUCCAAAGGCUGGUGUCUCUACAAAAUCACAAACAAAUGCAUCAGAAAUCACCUGUUGUUGUCUCUAUAGAUAUUCCAUCUGGUUGGCAUGUUGAAGAAGGAGAUACCAGUGGCGAAGGGAUCAAACCUGACAUGCUGGUUUCUUUAACUGCACCUAAGUUGUGUGCCAAGAAAUUUGGUGGUCCGCACCACUUUCUAGGUGGGAGAUUUGUUCCGCCAUCAAUCGUGGAGAAGUUUAAGCUUCGACUUCCACCAUAUCCUGGCACUUCUAUGUGUGUUCGAAUAGGAAAGCCUCCACAAAUUGACAUAUCAGCUCUAAGAGAAAACUAUGUUUCACCUGAUCUUCUUGAGGAGGAGGUGGAUGCUAAUCCUUUUGAUCAGUUCCAAAAAUGGUUUGAUGAUGCUGUGGCUGCGAACUUGAAAGAACCAAAUGCUAUGGCCCUAUCAACUGCUGGCAAAGAUGGGAAACCUUCAUCACGAAUCGUAUUGCUAAAAGGAGUUGAUAAAGAUGGUUUUGUCUGGUACACCAAUUAUGGAAGUCGAAAGGCUCAAGAAAUAUCUGAAAAUCCUCAUGCAUCACUUAUCUUUUACUGGGAUGGUUUAAAUCGCCAGGUAAGAGUGGAAGGAUUCGUGGAAAAAGUUUCUGAUCAGGAAUCUGAACAAUACUUCCACAGCCGUCCUCGAGGAAGUCAAAUUGGAGCAAUAGUUAGCAAGCAGAGCACUAUAAUACCUGGACGACAUAUUCUCCACCAAGAAUAUAAAGAAUUAGAAGAAAAAUUCUCUGAUGGAAGUUUGAUUCCCAAACCCAAAUACUGGGGAGGAUACAGGCUUAAACCAGAGCUUUUCGAGUUUUGGCAAGGACAAAAAUCUCGCUUACAUGAUAGGUUGCGGUAUUCUCCUUUAGAGACUGAUGGAAAGAGGGUAUGGAAAAUCGAUAGGUUGGCUCCCUGACUAUUACUAUCAGCAUCCUCAUUAUGAAGUUCGUCAUUUAUUGUAUCUUUUCGAUUGUUUUUUUGGUGUUUUUUUUUUCUUUUUUAUGUAAGUGGAAAGAUGCAUGUGCAUUGCAGUGAUGAUUCAUUUCUGGGGAUGCAUGUUUGCAAUGUUUUUCUUGGUAACAUUACUAGAUUCAUUGUAAGCAUAUUGUGAGACAAUUAGCACAUGUUGAAAGGAAUAAGCACCUCAAAAUGAUAUUGGAUAACCUGUUGAGGUUCUUUUUUUUUUC